UGAAUUCCAAAGUCAAGAUGCGCUUGGAGUUGUUGGUUGUGUUAUUGGUGGGGCUGGCUGCACUCUCGCCGUCAUGUUCUACAUGCUGUAAAACUGAACCACCCAAAUGCGAUACCAAACCACCGAGUUGUGUCACCGAACCACCCAACUGCAAUACCGAACCACCCAAAUGCGAUACCAAACCACCGAGUUGUGUCACCGAACCACCUAACUGCAAUACCCAACCACCCAAAUGCGAUACCAAACCACCGAGUUGCGUCACCGAACCACCCAACUGCAAUACCGAACCACCCACAUGCGACACCGAACCACCCACAUGCGACACCGAACCACCCACAUGCGACACCGAACCACCCACAUGCGACACCGAACCACCCACAUGCGACACCGAACCACCCACAUGCGACACCGAACCACCGAAAUGCGACACCGAACCACCGAAAUGCGACACCGAACCACCCACAUGCGGCACCGAACCACCCAAAUGCGAUACCAAGCCACCGUGUGAAGAGCAUACUCCUAAAUCGCCUUGUACGAAACGCAUCAAGCGACGGCGCACAAAAAGAACCAAGCGUCGUCGAUCCAGCAAAAAGAUAGUGCAUCAUCAUCACCGUCCGGGAACGAAACCAGAAUCGGGAUGUGGCUGUGGAUCGAAGAAUGAGUCGGGAGGUGGAGGAAGCGGGUGUAUUUUGAAGGACCUGCUAACACCGAAGUGCCCCAAAUCCGAGCCGAAGCCUCAAGCCCCGUGCAAGCCUGUACCCAAGUGUAAACCCGAACCGAAACCAAAAGCCCCAUCGAAAACUCCGUGCGAUACACCCAAGAAGAACAAGAACCCCAACAAGAAACCACGGAAGACCCAGCCACAAAAAGGUGGUUGCUAAGCGGCAAACUUGUUCCAAAUACCGAUGAAUAUGAAUAAAAUCGUUACUUUUUUUUUUUGAAUAUUAUUAA